UAAAUGGAGCUAGAGGACCAAUGGUGGAAAGGACAACUGGCAACAGAUAUUUACCAGACACUGCGAUACAAUGAGCUCAAGCUGCCCUCCUUCAAAGGCCAGUCUCCUCAGCUCUACUUGAGGCGAUACUUUGCAGACCUCAUAGCCAUCAUCAGCAACCACUUCCAACUGUGCCCCACAGCUAGACACCUUGCUGUCUACCUGCUGGACCUCUUCAUGGACCGCUAUGAUGUCACAGUGCAGCAGCUUUAUAUGGUCUCACUCUCAUGUCUUCUUUUGGCCAGUAAGGUUGAGGAAAGGGAGGACAGGAUUCCAAAGUUGGACAGUCUGAACAGUCUCGGAUGCAUGAGCACUAUGAAUCUUGUUUUGACCAAGCAGGCUCUACUGCACAUGGAGCUUUUCCUGCUAGAAUCCUUCCAGUGGAACCUGUACCUCCCCACGGCAGCUCAUUUCAUUGAAUACUACCUUUCUAUUGCGGUCCACGAGGGAGAUCUCCAUGACGGCUGGCCUAUGUCCAGUCUAGAGAAAACAAAACCCUACAUGGCCAAGUAUGCUGAUUACUUCCUGGAGGUCUCCCUACAAGAUCAUGCGUUUUUAUGUUUUGCACCCUCUUUGGUGGCUGCUGCAUGCGUGGCUGCUUCACGCCUCAUCCUGCAUGUAUCCCCCACAUGGGCCCCCCGAUUGCAGCGGCUCAGUGGAUAUUCGUGGGAGAACCUUGUCCCAUGUGCUGAGAAACUCAUCAUCGCACAUGACAGUGAUGUUAAAGAGGCCAACAAGCAGAAGUGCCAACAGCCACAGCAGAAAGGUCAGACGGUGUACCACAGUUCGAGCCAGGCAGCCACUGUGGCCCAGUACCGGCCGGGCAUGCAGUACGCCCAGCAAGCUUCACAGCCAGCUCUUGCCCCAAACCUCAGGCCUGCCUCAUAUCUGACCCAUACUGCCACCAUGCAGGUCUCCAACGGAGCGACGCAGGGCAGUACUCAGACCGUAACUACCGCAUUUGAGCCAAAAUCUAACCAAACUAACAGAGUUUAUCAAGUCAGCAUGCUCUACAGUGGUGCUACAUGCUUUGACAGGUGA